AUGGCACCAAUGGCAAAUCCGGCUCCAGCCGUGGAGAAAAUGGAAGUGGAUGAACCGGCUAAACCUGCAGAGGAAAAAGAGCCACCGAAGGAUUUGAAUGCCAUUGCACUGGAGAGUAAGUUAUUUCCAUGAUA